CCUUUUGUGCGGUGCAGCCAGCCUGCUGCCUGCAGGCACUGUGGGCUGCAACUAUAUGACGAAACUGACUCCAGCUCCAGGUCGACUCCCGGAUCACUCCCUCAGAGCUGCGGGGCCGAGCGGAUCAGGAUGAGGACCAGGAACAUUUCCCUGCUUCUGUUGGUCGCAUUAGCGGCACUGGACCGGUCCCACGGUGGCAACCACAGCAGUCGUGCUAAGCGGGAGCUCCUGGUGCGUUCCAAGCGAAAGUGGGUCUUGGCCACGAUUGAACUAACAGAGGAAGAACCUGGUCCAUACCCCCGAAUAAUCACACAGAUGACCAAUGACAAGAGAGAAGAUGACCAUGAGUUCCGAAUCAGGGGGAUGGGUGUGGACGAGGAGCCACUGGGCGUUUUCUCCAUCGAUAAAAACACCGGAUUCGUCUCUGUCCACCGAAGUGUUGACAGAGAGGAACACGAUCUCUACCAUAUCAGGUUCGAAGUCUUGGACAGGAUCACCCACGAGAGAAUAGACAGGGAACUAGCUUUUGACGUGGAAAUACAGGACAUCAAUGACAACGCUCCCAUAUUUUCACCUCGCCACAUCGAAGCCGAUGUGAAGGAAAACACCCCUGCUGGCGACCUGGAGGUGGGGUUUAAGGUCACGGACGCCGAUCUUGAGAAUUCACCAAACUCCAAGUUCGACAUCAGUUUGACUUCCCAGAAACCAAAAGUUCCCAAGUUCGGUUUGAAACAUACAAAUGGCCAAUCGGUCCGACUCACCUUCGAAGGAUGUUUUGACUACGAUAAAAUGAAGAAAUAUGAAGUUAUUUUAACAGCAAAAGAUCACGGAACACCGCCUCUUUCCUCCACUGCUGUUGUUACUCUCAAUAUUGUUGACUCAAACACUCAUCCGCCAACAUUCAAGAAGAAUCAGUACCGCGCUGACGUGUUAGAGUCAACCAUCAAGAGAGAUGUCCUGAGACUGUCAGUGGAGGACAAAGACACUCCUAACACGCCAGGCUGGCGAGCCAGAUAUUUCUUCAUCACAGGCAACGAAGAGGAGAACUACCAACUGGAAACUGACCCUGAAACAAACGAGGGGAUUCUGAGCGUCGUCAAGGCCAAGGAUUACGAGAAGACAACUCUUGCCCACCUGCAGAUCGGAGUAGAGAACGAGGAACCUUUGUUCGUUUGUAAAGGCAAAUCAAGUGGCGCGGUCACACCUCCGCCAACGCAGACAGUCAGCGUCGCAAUCACAGUGAUCGAUGUCAAUGACCCGCCGCAGUUUGACAAAGAUUUGGUCAAGUUGUACGUGAAGGAGGAGGAGGAGCCAGAGAAGCUGCUGUUCACGCCCAAGGCUCGCGACCCCGAAUCAGACAACUUCAGGUAUGUGCUGAUUGAAGAUCCAGCUCAUUGGAUGACUGUCGAUGAGGAAACAGGACAAAUCAAAUCAACUCAGAAAAUGGACAGGGAAUCGCCCUUCGUUGAUAAAGAUAGUGUCUACAAAGUCACCAUUGGUGCCGUAGAUGAUGGUAAGCCUCCAGCCACAGGGACGUGCACCGUCCUGAUUCACAUGGCGGAUAUCAACGACAACACGCCCAAGGUGGUCAACAAAAGCGCCGUCAUGUGCGGCAACAAGGUGAACAAGGUCACGGUGCCCGUGAAAGACACAGACCACCAUCCUUACGGUGGGCCCUUCACCUUCUCCCUGGGAGGUGACGACGACGCCAAAAGUCUGAAGCAGCGAUGGAAACUAGACCCUGCGUCUGGUGAGGAAGUUGGCCUCGUGAGCCUCAAGCCACUUCCUUACGGCAACUACUUCGUGCCGCUGGUGAUCCACGACCAGCAGGGCAUGAGUGGACCGGACACACUGGAAGUGAUUGUGUGCGACUGUGGAGAAGCAGACGUGUGUCCGGGCAAAGUGCCGAUCUCCAUCGGCUUCAGCGCAGCCGCCAUCGGACUGGUUUUUGCAGGAUUGCUCUUAUUUUUGUUGCUGCUGCUCAUCAUUACGUGUCAGUGUGGAAGGAAGGCGUUCAGUCACAUCCCCAUAGAGCCGGAUGGAGGCAACCAGACCCUGAUCAAGUACAACCAGGAAGCGGGGGGCGCUGCAUGCGAGGCUUUGCCGAUGCACCUCUUAAAUUCAAAAAAUGGUGCUGCUCAGACAGACGGCCUCAAAAAGGACACCAGGAAGAUCUAUCACCCUGACUCAGCAGUGGACAACAGUGUUAAAAGAUACAACCCCUCGGGGCUCGGAAUGGGUUGGUCGACCUUGCCGGGACAAGGGAGAAGAGACACUGUCGGGAGCUUCGGAGGCCAGGACGUGUAUUCUACGUGGAUGACAAAGGGCUCCAACAGCAACCGGGAAGGCUACCUGAGGCAUCAGCAGUCGCUCAGCGUGCUCUCCAGUCAACAGAUUACCAAUCACAUCCAAAGAAAACUCCAAACCAUUGAGGGAAACCACAACGAGCCCAUCAAGGACACGAUGGACCGGCCGCGCGAGUUCGCCGACGAGGGACGGAGCAUCGGGUGUCAGUCCCUGGACCAACUGUCACUCAUCAACCUGGGAGACGACCUGGAGUUUCUCAACGACCUGGGGCCUACGUUCAACAAGUUGGGGAACAUCUGUCACCAGGCCAUUCAGGACGGGAACGUACAGAUGUGAAGUAUGUGUGUGUGUGUGUGUGUGUGUGUGUGUGUGUCCAUCGUAACACAGAUCAUGAUCACAUGGUAAGAAUGACAUCAUCACAACACUAUGAGGUAGUUUUUAUGAAAAAAAAAGUCAAAAUUCUCUGAUUUCAGCUUCUUAAAUGUAAAUAAGUUCUGGUUUCUUUGCUCCUCUGUGACAGUGAAAUGAAUAU